GUACUCUCUCGAGUCUCCGCGGGCGUAUCCCGCCUUGCCUGUGUCCUCCCGCCGACUCGCUAGCCCUCUCCCCACACUACUAUGAUUAACAAGGCGCUCCCUUACUUCAUUGAGGACCGCACCGGCCAGUACACGGGUUCCGACUUUGAUGAAAUCUACGACCGCGUGUUCCUGCGCGUCGCGCGUCCCCCUCCCGGCCACGCCGCGCACUACGCCGAGACGACGUUGAUGGUGUACGACACCGGCCGACGGUCGUCGAGCAAGCGCUACUCCCAACCAGUGUCGCGCGAGCCCUCCGUGAUCUUGGAGUUCGGUCCGAACGGAGCGCUGGGGACGAUUUCGUUCGUCGGUUCCUCUGUAUCGAUGCCGAUGGGUCAGUACCUGCGGAAGACGUCCAUGUUCGCCGGAUCUCUCUCUCGAAAGUUCACUGGCUCGAAUGGGGAGGAGUACCGCUGGAUAUACCGGGGCGUCAAUGAGCACGAGUGGUCGUGUGUCGACUCUCGGAACUACGUCGUCGCGCACUACACCCUGAAGCCCCCAGAAAAGCCCGCGUACAACACAUCGGGCAACAUGCUCACCAUCUACGAACCCUUCACGCACAUGGCGGUCGAGAUACUCGCCUCACUCACGAUCAUGCGAUACCUCGCCGCCAACAAGUACUGAUUACUCGCCUGCGGAGGGCACGAUGUGGCGCGCGUUCGGCCGUUGGAGAACGCAUGUCCGCACGGAACACGGAGGCAUCUUUCUUGGACUCUUUGUAGCACUAUCAUUAUUCCGUUCGUUCUAGUACUGUAUUUGUACUUUCCCC